CAUUUGCAAACUAGAGGCUCGGAGCAAUUUUGCCCCUACAAUGAAUGUUAUCUUCCUUUUCCAUCUCUCUCCGGUCUGAGCCUCGGGUCCGACCCAAAUGCGAAUCUGACUGCAGAUCCUUCACUUCAUCUUCGUUCUUCCGCAUCAAUUCAUCUCGUUCUCCCCAUGGAGCAUUCCGUAUUUCAAUCCGCUUCUCUACGAACUUCGGCUGUAAAUUCCACUCUCAAGCCUUCUCUGUCUCACAGGAAGCUUCUAAAUAGGACUGCAGCAAUUGCACCUUCAUGUUUGCUCCCGAAUUUAGCCCUACAUCUGCAGUCGAAAUGGCCGCGCGGUUGCUCGAGAAAGGCUUUGACUAAAUCGUGGAGACGAACUUCCAUCCAGGCCUGCACUCAAGUUGGAGCUGCAGGACCUGAUCCCCUAGUGAACAAUAUUUCAGCAUUUAGAGAUGCUUGCUGGAGGUUUUUAAGGCCCCAUACAAUACGUGGAACAGCUUUAGGAUCUGUUUCCUUGAUGAGUAGAGCAUUGAUUGAGAAUUCACACCUCAUAAAGUGGUCCUUGCUGUUCAAGGCUUUGUCUGGUGUUUUUGCUUUAAUAUGUGGAAAUGGUUAUAUAGUUGGUAUCAAUCAGAUCUAUGAUAUUGGAAUUGACAAAGUCAACAAACCAUAUUUACCAAUAGCGGCAGGAGAUCUUUCAGUCAAAUCUGCAUGGUUCUUGGUGAUAUUUUUUGCAGUUGCUGGUCUGUUAAUUGUUGGGUUGAACUUUGGGCCAUUUAUCACUUCUCUCUACAGUCUCGGUCUUUUCCUUGGGACUAUCUACUCUGUUCCUCCGUUUAGAAUGAAGAGAUUUCCCGUUGCAGCAUUUCUUAUAAUUGCCACUGUACGAGGUUUUCUUCUUAACUUUGGCGUCUAUUAUGCCACAAGAGCUGCUCUUGGACUUGCAUUUGAGUGGAGCUCACCUGUGGCUUUCAUUACCACAUUUGUGACCAUGUUCGCUUUAGUGAUUGCCAUAACAAAAGAUCUUCCAGAUGUGGAGGGAGAUCGCAAGUUUCAGAUAACAACCUUAGCAACAAAGCUUGGAGUUAGAAAUAUUUCAUUUCUUGGUUCCGGACUUCUGCUGUUAAAUUACGUUGCUUCUAUAGCUGCUGCAAUCUUCAUGCCUCAGGCUUUUAACCGUACCAUAAUGAUCCCUGUUCAUGCAAUCUUGGCAUUGUCCCUCGUUUUCCAGUCAUGGCUGUUGGAGAAAGCAAAUUAUUCCAAGGAAGCAAUUUCAACAUAUUAUCGGUUUAUAUGGAAUCUCUUCUAUGCUGAGUAUAUCAUAUUUCCUCUGAUCUAGCACAACAUUCUAAACAAUUCAUUUUAUGAUACUUUUUGUGGGCGCUUGAAAUUUAGAAAGCAAGGAUGAGUUCAAUUUGUUAUCUUGUAUAUAUGACCAUACCUUUUCAUUUAUAGAAUCAUGUUGUAUCAUCACCUUUCCCC